UCUUUCCACCUCGGUUCUCCUCCACGUGGGGACGCAAGAUGGCGGCGGCGGUGGUGGAAGAGGCGGCGGCAGGCGACGUGCAGCGGCUGCUCGUACAGUUCCAGGAUGAGGGCGGUCAGCUGCUGGGCUCCCCGUUCGACGUGCCCGUGGACAUCACGCCGGACAAGCUGCAGCUCGUGUGCAACGCGCUGCUGGCCCAGGAGGAGCCCCUGCCCCUGGCGUUCUACGUCCACGAUGCUGAGAUUGUGUCCUCCCUGGGGAAGACGCUGGAGUCCCAGUCUGUGGAGACAGAGAAAAUUGUCGAUAUCAUCUACCAGCCCCAAGCUGUCUUCAGGGUCCGGGCUGUGACGCGGUGCACCAGCUCAUUGGAGGGUCACAGCGAAGCUGUCAUUUCUGUGGCCUUCAGCCCCACAGGAAAGUACCUGGCCAGUGGUUCCGGAGACACCACUGUGCGCUUCUGGGAUCUCAGCACUGAGACACCGCACUUCACAUGCAAAGGACACCGGCACUGGGUCCUUAGCAUAUCCUGGUCCCCAGAUGGCAAGAAACUGGCCUCAGGCUGCAAGAAUGGCCAGAUUCUGUUGUGGGACCCAAGCACGGGGCUGCAGGUGGGCAGGACCCUCACUGGCCACAGCAAAUGGAUCACAGGCCUGAGCUGGGAGCCCCUUCACAUGAACCCCGAGUGCCGCUAUGUGGCCAGCAGCUCCAAAGACGGCAGUGUACGAAUCUGGGAUACAACCGCAGGCCGCUGUGAACGCAUCCUCACGGGACACACGCAGUCAGUCACCUGCCUCCGAUGGGGAGGAGAUGGGCUUCUAUAUUCUGCUUCCCAGGACCGAACCAUCAAAGUCUGGAGGGCCCAUGAUGGUGUGCUGUGUCGUACUCUUCAAGGUCAUGGCCACUGGGUGAACACCAUGGCGCUUAGCACAGACUAUGCCCUGCGCACAGGGGCCUUUGAGCCUGCUGAAGCCACAGUGAAUGCCCAAGACCUGCAGGGGUCCUUGAAGGAGCUGAAGGAGAGGGCAUCGAGCCGCUACAACCUCGUGCGGGGCCAAGGCCCAGAGAGGCUGGUCUCUGGCUCAGACGACUUCACCUUAUUCCUGUGGUCCCCAGCAGAGGACAAGAAGCCCCUGGCCCGGAUGACAGGACACCAGGCCCUCAUCAACCAGGUGCUCUUCUCUCCUGACUCGCGCAUCGUGGCCAGUGCCUCCUUCGACAAGUCUAUCAAGCUGUGGGAUGGCCGGACGGGCAAGUACCUAGCUUCCCUGCGUGGCCACGUGGCAGCCGUAUACCAGAUUGCCUGGUCAGCUGACAGCCGACUACUAGUCAGCGGCAGCAGUGACAGCACGCUGAAGGUGUGGGAUGUGAAGGCCCAGAAACUGGCCACAGACCUGCCUGGCCAUGCCGAUGAGGUAUAUGCUGUUGACUGGAGUCCAGAUGGCCAGAGAGUAGCAAGCGGUGGGAAAGACAAGUGCCUCCGGAUAUGGAGAAGAUGAAUCCACAGCAGCUUCCUGACCCCUCCCUGGAUUCAGCCUCCGCCUGCCCAGCCAGAGACCAAGGAAUGCACAUGGCCACCUGCCCAGGACAGGUCUCCAGUGUGUGACAGGACGUUACAGCAUGGAGCUAAACCAUGGGCACUUCCUGACUAACAGUAGUGGGGAAGCCAGGCCUCUGGCUCCCAUGUCCUUCUCCAAGGGUCAGCUAUGCAGGCCCAGACCCUAGGCUAUGUGUGUGGCCAAAUAAAUAACUUAUAUUUUGUGUUCA